AUGCAGAACAGUUGGCGAACGAAGAACACGCGCGUCCGGUGGUGUAGUCCCUGUUCCGUUUCGACCGUUUGAAAUCCGAGUUAAUCCGAGUACCGCCAAGCAAUACCAAAGUUUGAUUUGUUGUUUCUUGUUUUUCUUUUCCGCACCCGGGGAAGUUCCGAUUCCCAACGCCCCUGUUCCUUUGUUUCCGUCGUCGAAGGCUUCUUCGGUCAUCGUCUGUCGCCUCAAAGCCUACUGCAAUCGACGACGUGUGACGUGUGGUGCGUGCGUCUGUAUGUGGAAAUUUUCGUGUGUAUAAAGUUUUCGGUGUGUUUUACAUUUCGUCAGUGUGCCGUACACAAGAAUCGUAUAGGAGUUAAGAGUGGGAUAUUUCCUGUCGAAAUUGAUAGGAAUUCGUCGGUUUCCGGUGGUUUCGCGUGCGAACCGCGCAGGAAAUUAAAUUACUGCUAGUGGUUUCCAACCCCUGCUCCAAAUUCGGAUCGGGGUUAACUUCUCUCAGUUGAUGGUUUCAGAAAGUUCUCAAGUCGAGUCUAUUGUUUUGCGAAUAAAGGGAAUGCCUUCGCACGAAGAAGAUCCGUAAUCCGAAGCUGCGGCAACAGCGUACGAGGAAAACAGUGCGAGUGUGAAUCAUAUGAUUGCUUGGAUGCGGCUGAUGAUGACGAUGAUGCUGAUAAGUCGUGGAUAACUGCGAUUAUAUAAAAUACGAGGACCGAACACAGCAGCAUAUACAUAAAAAGUCACGGCAAUUGCAUGAAACCAGCCCGCAGAACCGAGCUUGUCUGACUCCGCAAAAUUUUCCGAACAAUAACAACAGAGAGACUGAGAAAUUAAUACGCCAAUCGGAUUAGAAGCCCCCCAUCGGAUAGUUGUCCAGUGCAGAAAAAGGGGGGAGGGCAUUUCGAGAGCCAAGAUGCAGGCGGAAACGGAAAGAUGAAGUCGAGCCAUCGCCGUUUGCCAAGAUUGGAAUUGUGUUUGGCAAACUCGACGAAAGCCGCCAAGACGACGACAGCGUCUACGGAAAAGUCCAACAGCGGCAUGGCAGAAACAAAGGAUUUAACGUCGAACUGCUGCUGCUGCUGCUGAUGAUGGUGAAAAUGUUCGUGCCGAAGUGACCUAUCGAAGAAAAUUCCAGUAACUUCUACUCUGUGCAAAUGGGUCUCACGUGUUCGUGUUAAUGAAGUGGAUUUAUUCGAAGUCGAGGAAAAAAUGUUUCUGCGAAGAAAUCGAAUCUAGCGCGGGAAAAGAUAUCGAAAGUGAAUCGUUGCCUUGAUCCAUAAAAUAGUAAUUUGUGAAAAUCAUACUAACGAAUGCGACUCUAGUAGAAGUCCCGUAGUGCAGAAUAUCCAAAGAUCAAUACAAUCAUUUCGCUACUCCAACUUACUUCGUCGAAUACACCCUUCAAUAGUUGUAGGAAAGUAAUUACUAGCAAUAAAUAGGCACAACGAAGUAAGCUAUCAAGCUGAAUACCAAAAAUAAUAAGAAUAAAAGUUAUUAGCGGUCUCAUUCCUAGUGAAAUUUACCUACCCUCGUAUCGUUCUUGAAAAUUACUAGCCUUCUAAUUAUUAUCAACGAAUUAGAGUAGAGCACUACCGGUAGCGGAAAAAGUGCGCGCGCAACAACUAGUGAUAGUGAUUCGUAGAUCCAACUUGAUUCCAAAGCCGAGAAAGGAGCAGUAGAAAAAAAAGAAGAUUCGCCGCAGCAAGAAGAACCCAAACAAGAAGCGAAAAUGCCGGUCAGAAGAGGACACGUCGCUCCCAAGACAACCCUUAUUGAAACGAUAAUCAGGAAAUUCGAUACGCAUAACCGUAGCUUCCUAGUGGCCAAUGCGCAGCCGGAAUCGUGCCACAUCAUCUUCUGCUCGGACGGUUUCUGCAAGAUGACCGGGUUCACGAGGGCCGAGGUAAUGCAGCGGUCCGCCUGCACCGAGUUUCUCCAGGGCCAGAUGACCUCCCAGGCCGUGGUCCAGUCGAUCAAGGAAGCGCUGCGGAAGGGCGAGGAGAAACACUUCGAGAUACUGUACUACCGGAAGAACGGUUCCAAAUUCCUCUGCUCCGAGGUGAUUGCCCCGAUCCGGUCCGAGGUGGACGACAUCUCGCUGUUCAUCAUCAACUUCGAGGACCUGACCAACCCGACCAGCCCGGAGCCCAUCGAGCCGAAGACUCACCACCGCAGUUUUCUUUCAGUGGACCGGGCCAGGGCAAGUUUUAGACAAUCGUUCCGCAUCGGACACAUUGCCCUGCGGGAUCGUGGUCUCCGGUUGGCCGGCUAUCUCACGCCGCCUUCCGAUGCCACCCAAGAGGAGGAGGAGAUCGGCAUCAACAAGAGUGCGAUUGAGAGGUAUAAUUUCAUGGGGUUUUGCAGUGACAGGGUUAGCCAAACGACGGUGCUCAAGGUGGAGACGAACAUCUGGGCACCGAUGUCGACGCCGGCGCUGACGAGGACCAAGGAGCUGGAGGCACUGCAGGCCGAUGUCGAUACGCUCAGUGGACCAGGAGAAAUUGUGAUAACUACCCCGGAGGUGGCCAAAGCGGAAGUGACAACAAUCGAGCUUCCGACGCCAAUCGUCGAUUCCAAACCAGAGUUUCAGCAAACCAAAAGUUUAGACUUUGAGAUACAAUCAAAACAGUUCGGAACGCCAGCAGUGUGUGCGUGUGUGAAAGCUCGCUUUGCUGCCCGACGAGCUUUCUGCCUGGCUACCACUACCACUACCUAUCUACAUACUUCCUUUGUACAGACAAGUUUGUACGAUUGUUUGCGAUCAGUAGAAAAUGUCAAGAACCUUUCGGGUGAUCCCAAUGGUCGCGAAAGCCCUGCCCAAGGACCCACGGGAUACCACGCGCGACAGUAUUUUCCGUACGUUUCGUCCGAGAGCGACCUCCAACGCUACAAAGCAGUGCCAUUAAAGCAGAACUCGAGCCACGAGCCGCGAACCAGUUCAUCACUUUCUAAUGUGCCUUCAGACUCUACUAAAACUAAGCAGGAUAAUGGAUCAGCGAAAUACUUUCAGGGAACAAGACAAACAAUAAAUAUGGGUGAAAAAGUAGCACAGGUCCUAUCGCUCGGCGCCGAUGUUCUACCGGAAUACAAACUACAGAGUCCACGUGUUCACAAAUGGACAAUACUGCACUACUCUCCGUUCAAGGCGGUGUGGGACUGGAUAAUAUUAAUAUUAGUUAUGUAUACAGCAAUAUUUACCCCGUACGUAGCAGCAUUUUUGCUGGGAGAACCUGACUUUAAUCAAAGGAAAAAUCGCAAAUAUGCUGAUGACCCAAUUGUGAUAAUUGAUUUAAUAGUUGAUGUAACAUUUGUCAUAGAUAUAUUAAUUAAUUUCCGAACGACGUUCGUCAACGGUCAGGAUGAGGUGGUAUCUCAUCCGGGCCGCAUCGCGGUGCAUUAUCUUAGCGGCUGGUUUCUGAUCGACCUGGUGGCGGCCAUCCCGUUCGACCUGCUGCUAGUCGGAAGUGAUACAGACGAGCUUGGCUUGGACAAAGAUGAGACAACGACUCUGAUUGGUUUAUUGAAAACGGCACGUCUAUUGCGUCUAGUGCGAGUGGCAAGAAAGAUCGAUCGCUAUUCGGAAUAUGGCGCUGCUGUUUUAGUAUUACUGAUGGCUACCUUUGCACUAAUCGCUCACUGGCUGGCUUGUAUUUGGUACGCGAUAGGCAACGCCGAACGGCCAUUUAUGAAGAACAAAGUAGGCUGGCUGGACGCGUUGGCCGAGGCCACCCAGGAGUAUUACUAUGCCAACAACACCGGUGGAGGUCCGUCGAUAAAGUCACGAUACGUGACCGCACUGUACUUCACCUUUACCUCGCUGACGUCGGUGGGCUUUGGGAACGUGGCUCCCAAUACGGACGCCGAGAAGAUUUUCACGAUAUGCGUCAUGCUGGUCGGAUCCCUCAUGUACGCCAGCAUCUUCGGUAACGUUUCGGCCAUCAUUCAACGGUUAUACUCCGGCACGGCACGAUAUCACACACAGAUGUUGCGUGUUCGCGAGUUCAUUCGGUUUCAUCAGAUCCCCAACCCACUGAGGCAACGACUGGAGGAGUACUUUCAGCACGCUUGGACCUACACCAAUGGCAUCGAUAUGAACUCGGUGCUGAAAGGGUUCCCCGAGUGCCUGCAGGCCGACAUCUGCUUGCAUCUCAACCGGAAUCUGCUCAACAAUUGCUCUGCCUUCGAAGCGGCCAGCCCCGGCUGUCUGAGAGCACUAUCGUUAAAGUUUAAAACCACACACGCUCCUCCCGGCGACACCCUGGUGCACAAGGGAGAUGUCCUCACGUACCUAUACUUUAUAGCGCGUGGCUCGAUAGAGAUAUUGAAAGACGACGUAGUCAUGGCGAUAUUAGGCAAAGAUGAUAUUUUCGGCGAAAAUCCCUGCAUCCACACGACGCUGGGAAAAUCAAACAGUAAUGUUAAAGCACUAACCUAUUGUGAUCUACAUAAGAUUCAUAGAGAUGACUUAUUAGACGUGUUAGAUUUAUUUCCGGAAUUUUAUGAUAGUUUUGUAAAUAGUUUGGAAAUUACGUAUAAUAUGAGAGAUGAGGAGCAAGCGGGAAUAGAGUUAAGGCAUCGACAUAUGCGACUCGGGUCACAAGAUAGAGAUAGCGAUACACGAUCCUAUGUUAGGAAGAUAAACACGAUGCAUCAUCAUAGACCGAGUCAGACCAAAUGUGAUAUUCCAAAUGAUAGAAGUUCGGGACAAAUAAGCACUAACUUCGAUGACGAUCGAAAGUUUUCUAUAUCAGGAAUGAUGUCUCAUAUAAAGAGAAGCAUACCAGAUCUUAGAUCGAACAGACAUCAACCACUGACCAGUACUUGUGCAUCUCCAAACGAGAGCCCCAAGAGCUCGCACAAGCACAGUCCGCCCAGUGAUCACCAGUCGCCGAAGGGGAUUGCACCGGAUACCGUAACGCUCAGUGCCAUCAGCAAUCGAGGUUGCAUCUGCGUCGGAAGCGGUAAGGAAGGGCCACUGGUCGGUCGACCCAGUGGCCCCGUAGACCUGAAGUGCAGUCCGGACGUCGAGGACGUGUUCCACCACACCGCACCAAUCAGCAGCACUGGCGGCAGGGACGCUAGUGAGCAUCACCACAUGCACCAUCACCAUACGCAAUCGCAGCAGCCGCAGCAACAACAGCCGCACCAUGAUAAUCUAGGAUUACUAACAAAUCAAUUAUCUGAUUUAACGAUAAGACUAGACAACUUAGAAGGUAGCCUAAGGAAAGACAUCAGAACGAUUUUAGACAUCCUGCACCAGCAGCAGCAGAUGCAGUUGCAGUUCCACCACCAGCAGCUGCACCAACAGCAGCAACAGAUGCAGCAGUCCGGCAAGACUGCGAUGUCAUCGUACCAACCGUCCGAGAGUGAUUUCUCCUUCGAUAUGUGCGCCGCUGCCGGGGACGCACCCAGUGGCAGUUUGGCGAAACAUGGAGGGCCGACCAGCCAGCAGCGGACCAACGUGCAAAGGUCCGUCUCGCAGCCCGAAUGCGCUAACGAGAAAAGCCUUUUCAAGUGCUCAAAGUUUUCUUCAUUUAACCAACCAAUGGACGACACUCCGGAGGGUCACAAUUGGAACAUUUUCGCUCCGAUUGCUAAGCUCGAGUCAUUGGAUGAAAUUGAUCAGGAUAGUAAACAUUCCAUCAGUCAGGACAAGCCUCAAUAACGCAAACUUCGGGAUGGAUGCGAGUAAAUCGAGUUAGUCGCGCAGUGGAAGCAAAAAUAGUCUAGCUAAACCAAAAGAACCUACAGACACACAAUCACGUAAUUUAGCUUCUCCUCUAGCCGAAACAAAAAAUCGAACAAAAACGCUCCGAUAAUGUUUAAUGUACAUAUUGCUUGAAAAUUAUUUCAGAUGUUCAUCUUUGAUCGAUUCCGGAAAACAAACAAAAAAAUCAACCAAAACAAUUGUACAUUUUUCAUAUAGAUACUGUGCAUAAUUUAUACGAGAAGGUAAUAUCAGCAGAUUUUUACGAUGAGCAAAACGAGAAAAGCAAAUAUUAAAGGAAAACGUUGAAAAAAUCUACAAAAAAAAGGCAACAACCACAAACAAACAAAACACGCAUAUAUAAAACGCAGUGAUAAGCUCCGAGAUGCGAGUGACAAAACGAACGAAACCAAAAAAAAAAAAGAGAAAUGGAAUGCUCCAUUUUUAGUUGUUAUCAAAUCGUUAUAAGCUCCAACGCCGUGGGCCAGCAAAAUGCAUAAAGCAAAAUCUCAUCAAAUUUUAGGAAUUAUUACAUUUUAGUAAAUUCAAUUCGAAGAUGAUUUUGUCAUUUUCUUAGAUGCAAUUGUUCACGCCAAUUCCCCUUCUUAGAUGGCAUUUUGUUAUAGUAACUGAGGUAAUUACUUAAAUCGAGCAACAAGUCUAGAAAGACAAAAAAAGAUCUGUAAGCGAUAAGUUAGUUGAAAUUUUGUUUUAGUGGUUAAACAAUAUCAUUACCAUUAAUUUUUCCAAAGGAGUUAAUUCGAGGGAAAAGACGUUAGUGAAUUCAAACUAAAACUCUAGCAAGGUUAUGAUAAGGUGAUAAAAAGCGGAAACAUGACAAAAAAAUCCACAAAUACCAAACACAAAGAAGUCAGAUGAAGGAUGGUGUUACGCUUCCUAGAAGUGGUCGCACUCUUGUUAAAAUGGUUACAAAUUAAAAAGUCUCUCACAUACACACACAUCUACAUUCUCACAACACCAACACCAGAUAUAUUCACACUCACUCGAUACAAAUGGAAUACACUCUCACACAUACACAACAACCAGCAUAACUCAACGGACAGGAUCGACGAAUUCGUCCGUUCCGACCGCCGGAUGUUGUUUCUCUCUAAUCGAAAACAGUUAUUUUUGUGGUUUUACAUUUAUCCCAGAAUAAAGCGAAACUGUUGACCAUUUGCGAUUUGCGUUAACGUGAAAGUAUGCUACAAAUUUUAAGCUUGAAUGGCGGCAGUGAAACAGAGUGAGGCUUACAUUUACAUUCGACAGCAAACAAACACAACACAGACACAGGCAGCAGCCACAACAGCAACAGAGAAUAAACAGA